AUGCGUUCGUUUGUGCGCAUGGUGUGCACGUUCUGCCCCUCGCUUGCUGUGGCCCAGACCAUCACGCCUCCUUGCCUGGCGUUCCUCCUCCUUUUUGCCGGCUUCAUCAUCCCCAGGACGGACAUUCACCCGUGGUGGAUUUGGAUGUACUGGGCCAACCCAACCACGUAUGCAUUCCAGGGCAUGGCGUCGAACGAGUUCUGGGACCAGCCCUACCACUGCACGCUCGAGGAGCUCAUGCCGCCCUCGAGCGUGUGCCCCAUGACCUGGGGCACCGACUACGGAAUCGACAAGUGGGGCGUGUUCGAUGGCGAGAACAUCAAGUGGGCCAUGGUGCCCGCUCUCAUCGGCUGGUACAUCAUCUUCAACACGAUCACCUACUUGGGCAUGCGAUUCUACCACCACGCGCCUCCCGGCAAGCCGCACAUGAAGGAGGUGACUGGUGCGGGUAUCACCAAGAAAUCCACCAAAGACAGCGAUGACGAUGACUCAGAGGAAGAGGAAGAGGGCAAGCUGGCCAAGACCGACGAGAACUACUUCGUCCAGGCCUACAGGCAGUCGGCCUUCUACGCGUCGGCGGACCAGGAGCUCACGCGCGGUAUCUACGCCGCCGCAGUGAUGGACAAGAGCGGCACGGACGACGGCGCGCGGGAGAAGCGAUGGCACCACAAGAUCAAGCGGCGGCUGAGCGACCGCUACGCGAGCCUGCCGACCACGCAGCUGUGGGAGAUGUUCGUGCGCGGGACGAAGAGCUACUGGCGUCAGCCGGAGGAGUUCGUCAUGAAGCUCUCGCUGCCGAUCGUCAUGGGCGUCGUGCUGGGUACCUACUUCCUCGACCUGGGCCGAGACCAGGCCUCCAACACCCAACGCGUGGGCAUGCUCUACUACGCCCUCCUCUUCUCCAACAUGGGCGCCCUUCAGCUUAAGGCCAACCUGAUCCUGUCGCGGCCGCCCAUGUACCGCGAGCGGGCCUCGCGCACCUACUCGUCGCUCAUCUACCUGCUCAGCCUUAUCGCCAUCGAGCUGCCCUACAUUCUGAUCAACACCGUCACCUUUGUUGUUCCGGUGUACUUCAUAUCGGGGCUGCAGUACGAGGCGGGCAAGUUCUGGAUCUUCUUCGCGCUCUACCUGCUGGCCAACCUUAUCUCGCUGGUGGUGGUCUACACGCUCUGCUUCUCGGCGCCCAACAUCGCCGUGGCCAACGUCAUGGCGGGCCUCGUGUUCACCGUCCUCUCCAUGUUCGCCGGCUUCCUCAUCGCGCGCAACAAGAUCCCCGACUACUGGAUCUGGCUCCACUACCUGGACGUCAACAUGUACCCCAUCGAGGCCCUGCUGAUCAACGAGAUCAAGGGCAUGGACUUCCACUGCUCCGACAGCGAGCUCGUUCAGGUCCCGAUUGAGUUGGCCGCCGGAGGAACGGCGACGGCGUACUACUGCCCCAUCACGACCGGCGAGCAGUUCCUGGAUAGCCUGGGAAUGUCGGCCGAUAACAUGCUGCGCGAUUCGCUCGUCAUGGUGGGCUGGGUCCUGGCCCUGUUCAUCUCGAGCGCCUUCCUCCUCAAGUGUGUCGUACACCAGAAGCGAUAA